AUGUCCGACAGCAAACAAUCCCUCCUCAACAACCCCACGGACCCCUCCGACCCCCCACCGGCCUACGACGACACCACCCCGAUCACCACAACCGCCACGAAACGCAUGUCGUCACUCCCGCGACCCCCGCCCCUCUCCCUCCCCAUCCUCAACCACCUCCGCAGCCAGCGCGUCAUCCUCGCCUCGGCCUCCCCGCGGCGCCGCCAGAUCCUCUCGCAGUUGGGCCUGCCCAACCUAGAGAUCAUCCCGUCCAACACGCCGGAAGACUUACCGAAGACGAUGGAACCGUUCGAGUACGUCCUGGCGACGGCGACGGAGAAGGCGCAGACGGUCUACCGGCAGGAGAUCAUGAACGAGGCCAAGGGGGAGCCGGGCUUGAUCCUCGCGGCGGACACCAUCAUCGCCGACACGGCGUCGGGCCGCAUCCUGGAGAAGCCCCGCUCCGAGGCCGACCACUUCGCCAUGCUGAAGGCGCUGCGGGACCUCGGCGAGCACAAGGUGUACACGGCCAUGUGCGCGAUGGCGCCGCUCGUGAGCGCCCGCGACCCCGGGUAUGCGCUGGAGACGGCGCUGGAGGAGACAAACGUCAAGUUCGAUCAGGGGGUGACGGAUGAGUUGCUGUGGGCGUAUGUGCGCACCAGGGAGGGCGCGGAUAAGGCCGGUGGGUAUGGGUUGCAAGGGUUGGGGUCGAUCUUAGUCGAGAGGAUCGAGGGGAGCUGGGAUAAUGUGGUGGGGUUGCCGUUACGGUCGGUGUUGCAGUUGAUGGAGAGGGUGGUGGCCAAGGCGGAUGAUGAUGAUCGCUUGUCCGGUGGGGAGGAGGAUUUGUUGGAAGAUGAGGAGGAGUAGGUUGGUGGAAAGGGCUAUUGGUUGUUUGGACCAACCGAUUUGUUGGCAAUUGGAAGAGGAAAACACACAUGUUCGAGAUAACUACGUGACUUACUUGCCUUACUUUGACAGGGCUAUACAUACGGUGAAUCUUGCGCUGGGCGUUAAGAUAACAAUAGAGAGAGAGUUACGGGUCAGG